AUGAGACGGGCAGGGUAUGUAAGUGGUCGCUUUGAUAUCCUCUACUGUGAUAAGACGAAGCAGGGCAAACGGAAGUCGAACUGGCAUGACCUGCAAACACCAGCCGGGUUUGUGAUGGCACUGGUGUUCAUCAUGAAGCAGCGAACGGCCGAUUGCAUCACCUGGUUUGGCAUAAAAUGCUCUUCCUUCACUGGUGUAAACCGGGGAACCAGCAAGCGUAGCCCCGAAAUCUUGGCCUCUACUCCAGAAGAUGUGGACGGCCUUUUUCAAACGGCGGACCUCAGCGCUGUUUACAAUUACCUUCGGGGUGGGAAAGGGUUCGAGGAUGUCAUGUAUGAAGCCCUGGUGCAUGACGAGGGAGUCCUGCUUACUGAGAUUGAGGACCUUGAGAAGGAGCUGCUGCAGAUCGAGGCCGUGACUGCUAAGUUCAGCCUGUCCCCCACUUCUGCAACCAGCUCUCCUCCUUCUACAACCGACAGUUCCUCUCCAGCAGCUUCGGAGGAUCGACCACCGCUUGCACCUGAGGUGGGCAUCAGCGAUGCUGCCACAGAUGCAGAGCCAGAGUUACCAGGGUUGCCUGAUGAUGCCUCCCCACAAAAACAAGCAGAAGGAGAUCCAUACUUUGGGGCUGAGGAAGUCAAGGUCGUUGAUGACCUUGCGGUUUCACUUGCACUUGCCUUUGGGCCUGACAUUCCAGUGAAAGAAGAACCAGAAGAUUCGGAAGGUGCCACCAGGGAUGGCAACAACAUGACACCUGAGACGCCACCGGCUCCUAGUGGCACCAAGAUCACCAAGCCGAAACGUGUUCUCACUCGCCGGGAGCUGCUUCGCAAUGCUGCAAAGGCUCGUAUCGCAAGGAUGGUUGCUAGCAAAAGGAAGAGGACUGAUCUUCAAGUACCAGCAUGGGUGCGGGAGCAGUGGGAGAAAGGAACUUCGGAAAAAGAAGAAAUGGCAUUGCAGAGAAUCAGUGGAGCAAAGGCCUUUUGCCAAGACAAGGAGGGCUACACCAGGAGAAAUCUCUACGACAAAGUCUUGGAGUUUUGGGUUACAGUGCGUGAGAGGGGAAGCAGGGAGCAGCUGCGAGAAGAGGAGACCCGGACCACUUCCUCCUCCAAGGCUGACGCGCCUGUGGAGAUUGAUGGCAAGGCAUUCGAUGAUGUCAAAGCCUACGAAGCUCGCACGGCAGCCCUUCCCCCUGCUGAGAAAGGUGUUGAGGAUGAUCCAACGUUGCCACAGAACCAGAACAGAGAGCACCUCAGAAAGUUUAUGGAGUCCAUCUUGAAAAGUGUGACCAAAAUGAAGAUGUUGAAGCGUGACAUCACCGGAAACUAUACUGCUGCCUCUGGUGAUCAGUCUCUGAAGUUGCUGAACGACCACAUCAGCAAAUUGGAGAAGGAAUAUGAUACGCUGCAGGAAGAGGUCGCCAAAGGAGAGACUUCCAACUUUGGCAGCGGGUGGUGGGCUGGUGCGCAGGCAAAAAUGAAGACUGCUACUUUUGUGUGUAGCCGAGCCUCUGCGACCGAAGUGAAGGUCCGGAAGGACAAACCCUUCAUGGAGAAGCUGGAUGAGGGGGAGAACAAGCCCAAGCCGAACAAACGGCGGCCCAGCACCAAGCGUAGCACAGAGUCAGAUGCAAAGCCGGACACCAAUGCUGAACCGAGUGCAGGGCCAGGCCUGCGACGCUUCGUUCAAGAGGUACCUUGCUCUGUGGCGAUUAGGAGUGCACGAGCUGUGAUUGAGGAGGUCCCAGAAGCUGCAGCUUCCACCAUAGCUUCUUUAGGCCGAUGUGACGAAAGAAACCCCGAACGUGAUGUUCACCGUGUUGCUCAUCACUACAAGCUGUCUAUUCCCAUUCCUUUGACUGACAUCAGAGUUGGGGACCACAAAAUUCCAGUCUUGAUGAUGAGUGAUUGGGCCCGAUACAUCUUAAGGAUGAAUUUGUGGCAUCGCCUAUGUGGCCUCAGAGACCCAGAUCCUGAAAGAUGUACUGCAAUUUGGACUACGUUUUGGGAAAGAUUCAGAACAAUUCAGCCCAAUCAUCCUGUUUUCAGAAGACGGGACAUUCCGCUGGGGAAUACCUGUGCAUUACUGUUACAUGGAGACGAGGGUCGAUCACAGAAAAAGAGUCCAAUCUUGUGUGUUUCCACACAUAGUGUGCUGGGCUACGGUUUGUCCACCUCAAAAGUUGACAAGACAGACUACUUGGCUAUGAAUUUGAAUUACGAAGAGCCAACCUGGACUACAAGGUUCUUACUGAGUGUAGCACCAAAACACCUCUAUGAGGAUGAUGAUGGUGAAGACAUCGAUGCUUUUCAGGAUCUCUUACGUGGUGUGUCCAUGGAUUUGAAGGUUCUGUGGGAGGAGGGGAUUAGUGAUGCCAACAGAAAUGAACGAUUCUUCUUCGUUGUUCUCUACAUCAUGGGGGACUGGCCGUGGCACAUUAAGGCCGGCUGCAUGAGCCGGUCGUUCCACAAUGCAGCCAAGAGGCAAAGCUCACGGGCGGAGCCUCGUGGCAUCUGUCACCUCUGCAUGGCUGAUACGAGAGGAUAUCCUUGGGAGGAUUGGCAAUGUGAUGAUCCAAAGUGGGUGGAAACAAUCAACACUGUCAGUCCCUUUUAUCGGGUACCAGCAGUACUUGAAGAACUUCCCCAUGAUGAUUCGGCUCAACCCGAUUUUUUCCCCUACGAUUUAUUCCAUGGAUGGCACAUCGGAGCUGGAAAGUCGUUUUUGUCAUCAGCUAUCGUAGCUUUGGCAUCUUCAAAUUUGUAUGAUGGGUCAAAGGAAGCCCGGUUGGAAGCUGUGUCAUUGGCUUAUGGGGCAUGGUGCCGUACCAAUCGAUACAAUCCAACCCUGAAACGGUUUACUUUGCAAAACGUGGGGUGGGUGGGAAACACCUAUCCUGCUGGAACUUGGUCCAAAGGGGCCACAACAACAGCCAUCACCAAGUGGUUUGUCGCGGAAUGCGCAGGUCGCAUAAACGAAGUUUUGGAAGAUCCUAUCCUUUCUGUUGUUUACAGCGCUGCACGUUGUAUUGACAAGUUUCUGACAGGUGUUUACAGCUUUGAACUGUGGAUACCAGCGUCUGAUGCCUUGCCCUUGGCCGCCAAUGGCUUUGGCUUUCUAAAGCAUUUUGGACGUGCUGUGAGGAUUUGCCAUGACCAGUCUCGACUUUUGUUUUUGCAAAUGCCAAAUUACCAUAGGUUGCAUCACAUUUUUCACAGAAUGCGUGAACAGGGGCGAAAAGGUCCUUUUGUGCUGAAUCCAUUAUUGGUUUCAACACAAUCUGAUGAAGAUUUCAUCGGGCGGCCCAGCCGCAUUAGCCGGCGGGUAAAUGCCCGGACUAUUGUCCAAAGGACAUUGCAAAGGGCACUCUUAGCCGCGUACGCAAAGUAUGUGGAGAAUGGCAUAAUUAUCCCAGAGCCAAGGCGUUGA